AUGAAUUAUUUAACUUAUUUUAGUAUUUUCUUUUUCUAUAAGAUAAAACAAGUCAUUUCUUCUUUACCUGAUGUUGACAACAAGGUAAAGAUUCCUGAAGCGCUCACUCCGGAGCAAUAUCAAAAGGUUGAUAAAUUAGUAAAUAAUCAAGAUUAUAUUGAUUAUGAACUAAAGGAUCAGUUAAAAAGAUUAGGAGAGCUUCAUAGCUCAAUCGGAAAAUUAACGGGAAAGGAGUCAACUGUUAAUUCCAUGGAGGCACCUGUAAUAUACUUGGAACCUCCACUAAUAUUGCCUAAAAGUCAGAUUAAGACUGACGAGGAGGUGGAGAAUUUCUUAAAAAAGGUUGGGCUUGAGGACGAGACUAACGACAAGUCCGACGAUCCUUAUAAGAUUACCAACAUCGAUGAUGCGAAGACCACAGAGAGUUCAAUUAAAUCCAAACUCGCCAAAAUGAGAAAAACUAGAGAAGAUAUGUUUAAAAAAAUGAGAACCUUAUCAAUUAAGAUACCGGGAGAUCCAGAAGCAACAAGAGAAUUCAAUAACUUGAAAAUCGGUCUCAAGAAAUUAGACGACGCCCUGGAAAAUCAAAUAAAAAAGCUAACUCAAGUUGAACAUGUUAAAGCAGCUCUUAUAGAUUUGGUGAGUGGAAUUUUGAGGUAG